CAAAUGUCAAUUGUCAACGCAAACAAAACUUGAAAGUGUUAAAAACUAUGUCAAAUUAAUUCUAAAUUUAGUGUAAUUAAAUAACAAAAAAAUAACUCCUAAAGCAUUGUGCAAAAAUCUAUGAAUUGCUAUCAUUGAAACAAAUAAUUAAAAUUCAACACGAUGGCGGAAAAGUGUGAAACAAAUCCCAGUGAUGGUGCCAGUUCCCCAAGUCAAGAUGGAAGAGGCAGUGGCAAUUGGUGGGACUCCUGGAUAUCUUCUGCUAAAACAAAGUCGGCAGAGGUGUAUACAAUGGUGAAGAAAGAUCUUGCUGAAAUAGGAUCAACAGUCAAGAGUGAGGCCAGCCAUGUCUUCAGUACAACAUCUGAUGUUAUCGGCAAAACAUUGAAGUUGGACAGUCCAGAAUCCACUGCAAAUGUAAUGAAGAAAAGUUUCAGCAAUUUUAUUGGUGAAGUGAGCACAGUUCUGAACCCUGUACCUGACGAUGAGGAUGACACGGAAGUUAUUCUGUCUUCUGGAGACACUACCAUGCUAUCCACAUAUAAAAAAGAACUGGAAGCUCUCCAACGCGUGGACGCUACAUACAUCGUCCCCGCGUACAGUCCGGAGUUCGACGCGUGGCGGUCUAGUCUGGAGAACGCUGAGUCUGUCAUAACCCUGCCCUCAGCUGUCCGCCGGUUGGAGACCAACCCCAUACUGAAGGCGGAGUACGAGAAACUCGUCCCUGAUGCGGUGUCACAUGAAGAGUUUUGGGAAAGAUACUUGUUCCGCGUGGCGCUACUGCAAGACCGGCUGGCGGCCGCCUCGCGCAAACAGCCCAUAGAGGAGCCCACAGAGGACCCCGUACUGGCGCACUUACCGCUGCAGACCAUAGAGCAGAGCCCCAAAAAAGUUCCCUCUACCAUUACAGAGAAAACCUUUGAAAGUUCAGAACUCGAAGACAAAGAUGAUGCUGUAACCUGGGAAGACGAGGAUUUUGCAAAUGACGUAGAGCUGACCGAAGAACAACAAAUUCUACUCCUAGAAGAAUAUGAGAAGGAGAUUGCUUCCAAAAAAUCAAAAUCGAGAGAUGUUACAAACAAUAACGCUAGGAAAGACGACAUUGAGAUCGUAGACAAACAAAACAAUAAGACCACAGCCAAAAAACAGAGCAUAGACAAGAAAAAGAAAAACAAAUCGCCUAUCAAAGCUAAGACUGACGAGUGUGGUAACAAUUUAGUUGAGGACUAUUUUGGGGACAAAGAGGUAAAAGACGAUGCAAGUGCAAAUUCCGAUGAAAGUUGGGAGAAAGAGUUUGAGCUCGAAGAAACAGUUGAAAAGAAAGCCUGAUUGCUGGUUUACAUCGACUCUUAUACGCUGACAUAGCAACUGCCUGCCAUUGGCUGUCUAUGAGCCAAUAUAAAAAAAGAAACCACAGACAAAAAAUGCAUAAUAUUGCGUCUCGUAAAAUAAAAACCGUCUUGCAUGGACUGCCUUGAAAAUAGUCAAUGCUGAUAGAAAUAAAGAAAACGGACAUAAAUUACCAUAAAAGUUAAAAAUUGACUUUAGGGGAAAAAAUGCAUAAAUAAUAAUUGGAAUUUAAUCAAGCCAUAAAUAGAGAAAACAGAAAAAUAUGGUAGAAUAAUUUUAAAAUUGACUUACAUCUGAAUAUGCUUUUUACUAGCUGAGUUGAAUAUAACCAAUUGAAUAUAAAUGAAGAAACCACAGACAAAAAAUUGCUUAAUAAUUGACUAACAUCUUCGUUAAAAAAUAAAAACUAUCUUAGAUAGAUACUUUAAUCCAAUUUAAACAAAGACAAUUCAAAUUUGACUUACGUCUCUGAAAAAUAACAACCGCUUUACACUGGCUGUGUUGAAUAUAAUUUUCAAUAUAAAGAAACCACAGACAAAAAUAGCUUAGUAUAGACACACAAUUUAGAAAAAUAUCCACCAAAUUAUUUUUAAAUUAUUUAUUUAAAUGUUUCGAUCGUAACAAAAAUUAAUUCAAAAUUAACCUAUCUCAAUCACUCCCAUGACUUGAUGUACCAUAGACAAAUGGCAACUAGCCUUAUCUUCCACGAAGAUUACCUAAACGUAACACGAUUUAUUACAAAUAUUAGCUCUGUUUGAUCUUCAAAAACGAGUAUCCAUCUCAAAAUUUAAACUAUCAUUCAUAUUAAUUGACUUUAACACGGCUAAAACUCACUUGAUACAACGUCGGAGUAUGCCCGACUAGUUUCGAACCCAUACGGGGCAAUUAGUCAUGAGCUGAUUCUUGCAACGCCGUGCCGCGUUGUAAGAAUCAGCUUGCAGAAUUGCAAGAACUAGUCGGGCAAAUCACGUGAGUUUUAGCCGUGUUUCAUAAUCAAUUAAGACGAGUAAUCUUUUGAUAAUAUUUUAUUUUCCAUUAUCAAUUAUUUUUAUUAAAAUAUGUAAUUGCAGUUAGGUGUCUCGAUAACUAAAGCUUUAGUGGAUUUAGUGGUGGAAAUAGAUUGUGUUUUUUUCAUGGUUAAGGUUUUACUUUGGAUUCGUUUUUUUUUCUUAGAUAUGAUUUUAGAAAUAAUAUAAUAAACGACUAAUAAAAAAUAUUUGUGAAGCAAUCAAUAAUUACAGAAAAUUCUUAUUUAUGUACACAAUGUGAAUUUGAGUACAUUAAGGUGAAUUUGCACUUCUUACAGAUAAAAGAGCAACUUAUAUAAUAACAAUUAUUUGAUUUAUUUUAGGAUUUUCUUUUAGUCAGAAUUCACCUUAACAUAGACUAUAAUAUUAGAAAGAUAGGCAAAAUUAGUUACAAAGCAUACUUUACUUAUAGUGCGAUUACUAACUAAAUGCUAAAAUAUAAAACGUAUUUUUAGACUUGAUAAAAUCGUCAUUUAGUAUUUCUUAUACAGGAUUUAUUAUUAACUAUUUUGUUUUUAUUAUAAAUUUUACUUUCUAAUAUCUAUUUUUGUUAGUCAUAGUCCCUAUUUAGGUAGAUAUUUACUUAAAAGGAAUUUUAUUAUUAGUAAUUCGUCUUCAAGUAUUGCCAUAAAAUUAACACAACAGAACAUAUGAAUCCAUGUUACACUGGAAAGAUCUGGAAUGCCAUUCAAGCUUCCGUUUUCUCAUAACUUUUACCAUGAGUACGAAUAACAAUACAAGAGCGAAUAAACACCUAAGUUCUAGGUGACCAAUGACCAUGUUCCUCUAUAGUAUAGACUAAUAGACCGUACAGACUACUUUAGUAUUUUAGUCCAGUACCAUCAAUUUUUGGAUUUACCGCCCAAAAAUCGUUCGCACUCGACUAAAAUACUAAUGGAGUCCGAACUAGGCUUAAAGGCUACAUCGCAUUGCAGCCAAGCGCUAAUCUACAUCACUUAGGGCUAGUUUCACCACCUGAUAAGUGUUGGAUAGUCUAAAUGUAAGUUUUGUCACUUUGUUAGUUUAAUAAGUCAAGUGACAAAGACAAAAUUUAUGAAUAAGCUAUCCGACAUUUAUUAGAAGGUGGGUAAACCGGCCAACGUUUACUUAUUCAUAACAUGACACUUUUUAUUUUUUUUACAUUAAGUACUUUUUGUACUAAAAGCAAACCGCAUAACCGAACCCUCAUUUAGGGGCGAGGUAGGACGGCGAGCAAUACGCGUGACAAUGUAUUUAAGUAUCUAAAGUUCUCAAACAAUCGCCUAAGAUGUGUACCAUGACAUAAUAUCAACAAGAGAUAAAGUCAAAUAUCGACGAAUAGCAGUUCAAUCCCAAAUUAAUUUAUUAUUGGUGGAUAUUUAGUUUUCUCUUCUCUCUUCUCGAGAUAUUAUUAUAUCAUGGUGUGGUGCACAUCUUAUGCCUACAGAAGUUGUAACACUUUCGGACUACGUGUAUAGGUACUUAUAAAUAAUAUAACCUUGAUGAUGUUUUUGUUUACUGCGCAGCCAAGCGUAUUCUGUCUAAACACAAUGGCGCUUGGCUUGACGACUAUUAUUUUGGCUAUAACAUCUAUCUGCCGCUCGUUAUUCACUCUCUAAUUCUUGGGGGUAUCCCCGCACCCCAGUAGUAGGGGUUAUCGCGCAGACUACACCAUUAUGUGGUUUACCUUUAAUUUUUGACUUUAUCAAAUACUUUUCUACUAGCUUUCUUAAUUCUGUAGCAUUUAUUCAUUAUAAUAUUGUCAUAACACAUGACGGAACGGAGCUAAAAUAACUAAGAUUAGGAAUAUUAGAUCCCUGCCGUUUAAAAGCUUCCGCCUCAAUUUCAAUGUAUCUAAUGUUUUUUACUUAUUAACCCCCACCCAGAAUAUAUAUUUAAACCAAAAUGUUCGUCAUUAGAUGCGGUGAUUUUUUGGGAACAACCAAAAUCUACGUAAUAAAAAUGCGUGGUCGAUACACUAUAUGCAUGUAUUCUUUAUUUAUAUGAUAAUAGGCAUACUCAGAAAAGCUAGUUUAUAAAAUCAUUUAUAACCCUCCGGGCCCUUAAAGGACUUUAAACUUUUUUUUACUUUGUUACUGCCUGAAACCAAAGGCAGAUACAUAUUUAUAACACACUACUAACUACACGAGUUUGGUUAUAAAUGUGUUUCCGCCUUAAAGCUUGUUCAGAUGCUGCGAUUCGACAUUGAAAUAUUACUUUGGAAUUCAUUAUAUUGGAAUAGUAAAUAUAAUGCAUAUGAAACGUUUGGAAUCAUAAAGGUUACAAUUAUUCCGUCCAAAUAAAUAAAGGUGUGUUUAUAGCAAUAAUAUUGAGAAUGCAAUAUUUGAUUGCCUGGCAGCUUUAAUCAACUUGUAUCCAAGAUGUGAUUACGUAAAAGAUAAAUCCUUAAUGUUUAAUGUGAGGGGCUAGCUUUAAGUGCCUUACACUUAAAGCUAGCUGUGCUUCGCAGUUUCACUGUUCCCGUAGAAUUAUAGGAAUAAAAAGAGUAUGUGCAAUAUCUAUGUGCCAAAUUUCAUUCAGAUCAGUUCAGACGUUUUAGAAUUAGUUAAUGGUGUUAGUAACCCGACUUUGUUCUAUGUAUAGAUAAUUAAUUUGUAAAAUAUCCGUUUCUUUAAAAAAAUAAAGCAAAUUGUAGUAACGAAAUGAAUAGGGCAAUCUGAACAAGCUUUCACUUCAAUCAUUCCGGUUUUUAUAACCAAAUGGUACCUAUUAUUUAUAUAUUUUUUUCUUUAUGACCCUUUAUGUUGAAAUUGAUUGAUACAUGUAAUAACUAAUUAAUGCAGUAAAUUUAAUGACAUGAAAAAAAUAUGGUUAUUGAUAUAAGAAUUAUAUAUUAUGUGAUAUUUUGAUUUCAUCAAUUGAUUUAUUAAUAAUUUACCAAUGUAUAUCCGUGCUUAAAUUCAUUCGAACUAAUAUAAAUUGUUAAAUAUUAUUACAACAAAUCUGUUAGAGAAUUAAAGUGUGAUAUCCCGUUUUGAUUGUUUGAUAGAGUUAAGUAAAUAUUUAGUUGUAAUCUUUGAUCGGUUUCUGUUUACAUUUCAAACUGAUAGAACAAUAUUAAGUAUUUCAAUACAAUUUUUACAAGGUGAUUCAUCGAUAGUACCUACCUACAUUGAAAUAUCGAUAUGGAGCUCUAGAGGUUUGGGGUACUUUAUGACCCCAUUUACAAAUCUCAUGACGAGUUAAUGGCAUAAAAUACCCCACACCUGUGUAAAGAGUUCAAUAUCCACAUUUGUAACCCUAGCCUAACCUAACCUAACCUAACCUAACCUAACCACCCUAGACGUACUGAUAUAAUUCGAAUAAAUGACAACUGUAAUGUAACCUACUGGAAUCGUAAUCUUCAAAUGUUUUUUUUGUAGCCCAAUCAUUCAAUGAGAGUAUUCGCAGCAUCCCGUAUUAAUUGUAUUGAAAUGGUCAAAUAUUAUUCGUGCACGGUAAAAUGUAGGUAAUUAUGUAUGUACCAUACUACUGCAUAGUUUACAAUAUAGUUUUUAGGUCACAGCUAUCUUCUAUUGGGGAUACCAUUAGAUUUCGUUAUGUUUGUGUAAAUUAUGAUUAUAUUAAGAAUAUGAAUAAAAGUUGUUGAAAAAUCGUAA